AUGACAUCCUACGGAACCCAAAGCCACUACAGCGACCAACGAUUCGCAGCUAUUGAUGGCAGUGUUGGCGACUUUCCUCCUCUAUAUUCAGACCUUCCCUUUUCCAGACGGAAAAAGUAUGGCCGCAACUCGGACAAUGAUGCCAUUAAGUGGGCCAUGCGAUGUGUCUUGGCUUCUCCCGUUCUUGUGCUGUGUUUGUGGACUGUGGGAGCCUUUGUGUUUGCCAACAAGCACGUUUCAACCAAUAACAGCGCCUCUGCACAAAUGAUGAAGCAACGGCAAGCACAAAUGGUUCCUCAAUCGCCUCAAAUGAUGAUGUUGCCGCAACAAUUGCCUCUUCAACAACAACAACCAUUGCAACAACAACCGGUCAUGAUGAUGUCGCAACAAGCUGGACAACCACUUCAGAUGCAACAAGCUGGACAACCGCUUCAGAUGCAACAAGAACAACCACAAAUGCAACAACAACAACAACAACCUGUCAUGAUGAUGUCUCAACAAGAGGCUCAUCCAAUGCAACAAACACAAGAACAGCCAGUGAUGCAACAAGUGCAAGAAGCUGCACAACCAAUGCAAUUGCAACAGGAACAACCAGCGAUGCAACUGCAACAGGAACAACCACUUAUGCAACAAACCAUGCAAGAACAACCAGUCAUGCAACGUGGAAGAAAGAACAAGAAUCAACGGCCAGGAGCUAUGCAUCAAAGACCCUUGCCACACUAUCCUUCUCCACCGCAACAACAACAACAGCAGCAGCAGCAGAUUCAGCAACAACAGCCAUUGCAGGUCCAACAACAACAGCAGCAACCACCGCAAGUGUUGUACUAUGAACCUUCUCAAGCCAUGGCCAAUGGAAAGCUCGAGGCCCCAAUGACUGUCUAUGACUUGAAUGGCAACCCAAUUCCACUUCAAGCUCUACGAGGCGCACAAAUCUUUAUGGAACCCCCUACUCCGCAACAAGUCAUGGCUCCUCAACGAGGCAUUUCGACCCAGGACAUUCAAAAAUGGGGCGAAUCCACCUCGCAAGAUCAAUCCAUCAUUGUGGCUACCGUUGCCGUGAUGGCCUUGCUCGUAGGAGCCAUUUCGGCCCGCCGCAUGCGAUCCCGGAAUGUCCUGUCGAGUUGCAUUGAAAAUGAAGCCCUCGAGGAUGAUGUGGCCUAUGAUACGGCAUAUACUACCAACAAGGACAAUUCCUAUUACAAUACCUUUGCAUCGGGGGGAUGGAAGGGUGACUUGGAAAAGUUUGACGUAUAA